AUGCUAGGUGAGCUCAAUGCCCGUCGCUGCAUCCACCCGCCCUCCAUUCACGCAUCUUGGCACGCCGUAUCCUCGGCCGCCUCUUCAUCCCCGCAUCGCGCCGUCAAUCUCGCACGCUCUAUCACCCCGUCUCGACGCGCUCCGUCCCCAGCUCCCGUCGACGACGUCCGCGCCAUCUCCCUCUCCGUCGCGUCUCGCUCGACAGCCUCGCGCAAUGGCAUAGUAUGGUGCGCCACCCCUCGUUCCUUGUCUCUGCCUCCACCGUCCGCCGCAGAACAGCCUGACACUGCGCGCUCUUCUUCCCUUCUUCAGCGCACCCGUCUGAUAUGCCGCCGCUACCGUUCUCUCGACGCGCGCACGUCAGUCUCCUGCACCGCCACCACCGCCGUCGUCUCAGCUACACCACAGAAUGCUCCGCGUGCAGACUGCGCAGCGUCGUGCUACCCGGCAAAGACUCCCGCGGCGAUCCUGAAGAUGACAUCGUCAGUGCCUCAUGCGUCGACGGUCAAGAGGCGGCGCACCUGGGACAGCCGGUCAACGUGA